GGACUGAAUUAUACAUACGACGAUGCGAUGCCGUCCAAUGGCUAUCCCAAAGAAGUGAAAUACGAGACGGUGGAUGAGCACAUGAGGUGAAGCAGUGGAAGCACUGAAGUGAAACAAGCCCGAGAAGCAACAGCUAUGGCGCUUCUCUGCUCGCCUUCUCUGUUCGCUUCCACCCAUGGGCGGCAGCACCUUCUAUUCAGGAACGAGAGCGGAAUCUUGCUAAACCAGAAGAAGUACAAGUUAAAAGCUGAGAAGGUUUCCGUAGUCUGUAGCUCUUGUGGUGCUUCUUUUUCUUCCUUGUCUUCUUCUUCAAGACCCAGUUCGGGAAACGGAGUUUUGAGAAGGGAUUUGAUGCUGUUUGGACUCUGUUCUUUCUCUGGUUUCAGUGGCUCCAAUUUCAGGUGGGGCUCGAGUGAUCAUUAAGUUCUAUGAUAUUUCUCUGUAAUUGUUGUUAUGUAUCGAAUUCAAUGAAUCAUCCUGCACCAAAUGUCUGUCUCCUGAAGAGUGUCUGGCCGAAGAUGGUCUGAAAAUGGGUCCAAUGGUUGAUGAGAUUAAUGCUUACAGUUACUUAUAUCCAAUGGAAUUGCCAUCCAAGAAGUUCAUCUUCAAAUGGUACGUGUUCCUAUUGAAUUGAACUUUCCCUGGAAACCCUCUGUUUCACUUUCUUGAUUUUUGGGAUGAACAUGUUAUUGUGUUAUGAAAGUUGAAACGCUCUAAUGCCUGUCAAAUUUUUUAAGAGGUGGAAUCAAGAAAGCCGGAGCGAUACUCAUCAGCCGCGCCAUUAUCUCGUAUGUUCACUCCCUUUUGGCUUUUUUUCCAAAGUUCUGAGAUUUGCUAGGGGGAAGGAAACUCCAAAUGCACAUGAAUAUAAGCCCAACUGAGGUUUUGUUGACUGUUUCUGGAUUGACACAAGCUGAUGCACGGCUUAGGAUUGUGUCUGAGCGUGUUGAUAUCUUUGACAACCUCGUGAUUUCUGUUUCAGUUACGUCCCACAUUAUUAUUCAUACUGAUGUCCUUCAUAGAUGCUGCAAUUGUUUUCUUUACUCGCCCUCUAUCCGAGGAUUAUGAUUCCAUUGUUGGAUUCAGAUAGGCACCCCAAAUGUCUGAGUUCAUAAAAUCCAAGGACAAGAGCAUCUGGAACGCCAAAGAUGUUGCUGACUCGGCUUUGUCCGACAAGUCUGCACUGGUAUAACCUGUCUCUUUUAUUCUCCACAUUAUGAGAUGAAAUGAAGUGAUAUUGAAUUCUUCAUUCACAUCACCAGCAACUUGGCAUAUGGCAACUCUUUCAUUUAGCCACAAUGUGAAAAUAUUAUGAAUACGGAAGAGUGGUUGUUAAGUCUUGCAAUGUGGCUUAGGAUAAUUUGUUAAUCACAUUUUGGUACUGAUGUUCAUGGCAUUUAGUGCUGAUGUUCAUGGAAGCGAGUCGCAUCCACACAGCGACUGGCUGAGAGCUCUCUUCUUGAUGCACACACAAUUGAAAUUGAUGGACAUUGGACAGCCUUACUGGGUUUAUGAGUAUCUGGUUCGCAAGUCGCCUACCAAGAAUGUUCAGGAACCAAACCUCUACAGGCACUAUGUUGCCUCAACAUUUGAACGAGACGGUUACUUGUACUCGCUGAGUGCUUCGACUCUCAAUAUACAGUGGGACGAGAUGGGACCUUUCCUGGAGAGAACUGUAUCGUCAUUUCGCCUUCUGCCUUCCACGGAUGAAUAUGUAGCCCCGUACAAAGACCCUUGGAGAUUCUGGUGAAGACCUCUUCUUUCAUUUCACAUGUUCUUACCACAAUUUGUUAAAAGCUGAGUUUCCUUUGUUACAUCUGGUUUUCCGGCUGCAUUUAAUUUGUAUGUAUGAGAAUAUCAUAUUUGAAUCACCACAAGUGUCCAUCCAAUCCAAUCGUGCUUCCUUUGAUGAGUUGUUUGAAGUUAUGUUUGAGCAUGCAUGUGGAAAACCCAAACCGAAC